AUGGCCCCAUUAACAGCUGCAGAGAUUCUCCAUCAUCCUGCUUACAAAGCCGUGGGCUACAACCUCACUCCCACCUCGUCCGGCACGCGUGCAGUGGCCCAGAAUCGCCGUGGCGGUCCCUUCAACCUGUAUUACGAGAUCCAUGGCACGGGACCAACCAAGCUAGUCUGGAUCAUGGGGCUCAACGCCUCUCACCAAGACUGGCGCCGGCAGACCCGGUACUUUGGCCAUGAACUCGCCUCCAAGUACACCUGUCUGGUCUUCGACAACCGCGGCGUCGGCCAGUCCGACAAGAACGUCGCCUUCUAUUCCACCUCCGAGAUGGCCCGCGAUGCCGUAGACCUGGUGGCCUCGCUCGGCUGGAUCGAUCUGGCCGCGGAACCCACGCGUUCCAUCCAUGUCAUCGGCGCCAGCAUGGGCGGCAUGAUCGCCCAGGAGGUCGGCAUGCUGAUCCCCGAUCGGCUGGCGAGUUUGUCAUUGGGCUGCACGGCCCCGCGGUUGGUCCGCACGGCGCCGUUCCUGGAAAACCUACGACAGCGCGCCACCAUGUUCAUUCCGCGCCAUAUCGACGUCGAGCUGGAUCAGCUGUCGCAUUCCAUCUUCGCGGACGAGUUCCUGACUCGGCCCGAUACGGAGAACGAGGAUGCGAAGCUGAACUUUCCGACGAAUCGCGAUCGGUUCACGGCGUCAGCGCUGAAGAAGAGAGAGGAUACGGAGGGGUUCACGAAGAAGGGGUUCAUGAUGCAGAUUGUGGCGUGCUAUUUUCACCACAAGACGGCGGCGCAGUUGAAGGAGCUGGGGGAUCGUGUGGGGAGGGAGCGGAUUUCGCUGCAGCACGGGACGGAGGAUCGGAUGCUUACGUUCAAGCAUGGAGAGAUCCUGAAGGAGGAACUGGGCGAGGGGAUCUUGUGGAAGGUCUACGAGGGGACGGGUCAUAUGUUAGGCUGGGAGCGAGAGCAGGAGAUGAAUCAGCUGCUGGAGGAGUUCUUCCAGAAGUGGAGCUGA